GUGGGCCUCCCGCCUUUUUUGUCUUAAUGCACGCCUCCCUGCUCGUUAAACAUCGAUGGUCAUGCUGCCUUUUGUGGUGGCUAUGACAUAAUUUUUCCGGCUCACUCUACGUUAUACAGAGUGUGCUGCUUGUCUGUUUAUGUGGGUAAACAUGGAAGCAUUUUUGGAUGAAAGCUUUUCUUCUCACCUAUAUAUAUAUAUAUAUAUAUUUUUUUUUUUUUCAGAUACCUAGCUCUUGGGAUAUUUUUCUCAUUCUCCUCACAUCCUGUGUUCUCACCUCCAUGUGGCAACAUAGAUUAUGUAAGUAUAAGUUAAAAGAUGUACACAUCAAAAUGUAGCACAGUUUAAAUGUAGUUUGUAUUCAUUUAUAGUUCAUGUGAACUUAAAAUUUGGUUUACAAUAUCAAGCUGAAAUGUUUAGAGUAAGCAUGUUUAAAGCAUAAAUGAUUUGUUUUACAACAUAAAAACCUUAUUAGGCCUGCAAUGUAUGAUCUGUGGGUUUUUCAAAGUUCAUUAUGCACUUUGAAGAGGAGCUGGCUUUUUUAAUGCCUUUUUGUAACAUCAUGAAAGCUGUUAAACCAUAACAACAAACUCAAGCUGAAAGGCAGCUCAUUUUACAAAUAACCUAACAGAUUUGUUGUUCUUUGUCUUCAUGCACAGGUGCUGUGUGAAUGUGGCCUUGCAAAUUGUGUGACAGUUCGUUAUCUACCAGGUAUGAGUUAUUAAAACAUUUUAGGCUGAGGCAUUUCCACCAUAGCCGAACAGGCCGAUAUCCCUGUGUAUAUUUAGACUGUCCUUGCACGUUCACAAGCUGGAAGAAACUUUUGGGUCACACAUAUCGAACACACAGAAAGUUAGAAACAGCAAGUGCUCAGUCCGCUACGUUCUCAUGUCAGACAUGUGGGCGUGAAGAACUUUCAACAGAGAAGGAAUACUUUAGUCAUAUUAAUCAACACCUUAGGCAGUAUGAAAAUGUAACUUGUAUGUUUGAGGGAUGUACAUAUCAGUCAAACAUAUAUGCUACUUUUAACACGCAUAAAAAUCGUAAGCAUAAUCCACACAGUCUAAAGGAUUUUAAAGCAGGUGUAGUUAAAGUCAGUGCUGAGUCUAGUCCAGUGGAUGAAGGGCCCACAUUUACUGUGGCCAUAGAUGGUAGUCUGUCAGACUUAGAUGAAGGUAGUGAUACUGAUAAUUCAGAUGAUCUUCCUGAAGUUGUAGAAAAAAAACUUGGCUCUGUUCUAUUGAAGUUGGAAAACAUUUUUCAUGUUCCAUCUACAGCAAUCGAUGAAUUGGUUGAUGAGCUGCACUACUUGUUGAGUACUGUGUCUGUUUCAACAACUUGUAGCAGUAUUUCAGAUUUUUUCAAAAGCAAAAACAUAGAGGUUGAUAGCUUGGUUAUUAAGGAAUUGUCUGAUUCACUUUGUAAAUCUAAUCCUUUGUUAAACGCACUGGGAAAAGGCGGCCCCCUUGCGACAGCUUAUAAGAGAAAAGAGUACUAUAAAGAAGUGUUUAAGGUUGUCGAGCCAGUAGAGUUUGUUCUUGAUCAAAAAACAAGCAGGUCCUUUCAAUAUAUCCCAUUACUGCGAUCUUUGCAGCAGGUACUUGAUUGUCCUGAAGUGUUGAAUAGAGUUAUUGAUAGCCACAGAACACAGGGCAGUAACACAGACCAGCUUGAAAACCAGCAGUAUUGCUCCAUAGCAGAUGGUGUAUACUUCAAAGAAAACCCUUUCCUGUCAGGUGAUGAGUUAAAAAUUUGUUUAACCUUAUACAUUGAUGACUUCGAAUUGUGUAAUCCUUUGGGCACAUCAAGGAAGAAGCACAAGUUGUGUAGCAUAUACUGGAUUCUUAAUAACUUGGGACCAGGCUCUCACUCAGCACUCACCUCUAUUUAUUUAGCAGUUUUGUGCAAGAGUAAUGAUGUAAAGACAUAUGGAUAUAGAAAAAUAUUAGAGCCACUAUUACACGAUCUUGUGACAUUAGAAGAGCACGGUGUCUAUGUUUCAAAGCUUGGGACUUUUGUCAAAGGAACAGUGCACAGUGUUAUUGCUGACAAUUUGGGUGCCCACGCUUUGGCUGGUUUUGUAGAGAGCUUUUCUGGGCAUUAUAUUUGUCGAUUUUGUACUGCUCAGAAAGAAGAGAUCCAGUUAACUGAUGUUUAUUCAGGUGCUUUUUCUCUUAGAACCAAAGAAAUACAUGAAGCACAUCUGAAGACUGCACAGGACACUGAAACGAGUUGCUGUGGUGUGAAGCGAGCUUGCCCUUUAACUGAGCAUCUUAACCAUUUUCACGUCAGCACAGGCUAUCCCCCAGAUAUAGUGCAUGAUUUGUUUGAGGGGGUUGUCCCAUUUGAACUAGCACUGUGUUUGAGCAUUCUGAUAUCGAAGAAGUAUUUUAGUCUUGAGUCUCUUAACACAUGUAUCCUCAAGUUUCCUUUUAAGUGGAGUGACAAAAAGAAUCGGCCUCACCUUAUACCACACACCUAUUCCAGUAGGUGGCAACGCCCAUGAAAAUUGGUGCCUUAUACGUUUCCUUCCAUUUCUGAUAGGAGACCUUAUACCAGAAGGUGAGCUUGCUUGGCAAGUGAUAUUAGACCUGAAGGAAAUCGUGGAGUUAGUUGUGGCACCUGUUCACAGCAAAGAGACAAUCGCCUACCUUGAUGUCAAAGUGUCUGAGCACAGACAGAGACUACGUGAGCUUGUCCCAGAGUUGGAUCCAGACGUAUGGUGACCCUGAAGAGACACAUCGUCAUCAAAGAUUAGCAAAGCAGGAUGGCAGGACGAGUAACUUUCAGAGUCCUCUUUGGAGGUGAAGACGAUGCAAGAAAACUCACCAUUGAAUCUGGAAUACCAAACACUGUGGAGGAAUUCGCUCUUCAAGUAAAGACUUUCUUCCAAGUGACUGAGCCAUUCAGACUUCAGUACAGAGACAGAGAAAUGGAUGAUCAGUUCAUGAACCUCUUGUCAACUUCAGAACUUGAAGAUAAAGCUACUGUGAAAGUAGUGUACAUACCUUCUGAGACAACCAGCUCUAAUCCCCUCUCAAGGGAUACCAGCCCUACAAUCCCAGGUACUCCUUCCAGUGUCAACUCCUCAUCACAUGAGCCAAAUGAUUCAGACUCCUACAGCAGCAAUGAUACCAUCAUCUUGUCAUCGCCCGAGACCCGGUCCUGUUCUUGGCCCAAAGUCUUUGUUGUUCCUCGCUUCUCAUACUUUGCUGAGAUGAUGCUCCACACUGGAAAUGAUGAGUUCAGUGCACAUGGAACUUUGCUGUCUCCUACCCCAAAAACACGUUCUGAUAUUCUUGAGGGCCUAGCUGAAGAAAUCAUGAAGUAUACAGCAUAUCCAAAGGAUGAGCAGUUAGAAGAAGUGGCCAAGGCUCUGAUACAGUCUCACCCAUGUCUCCUGGAGAAAGGCACUCGCAGUGGCUACUGUGGUUGGAAGCACUACUUGAAAAUAAAGAUGAUGAACUUCAGAUCAAAGCUUAGCCGAGCUGGACAUCGUGAGGUUGCAGUCAACUCUCUGAAGAAUAAACGGAAAGGCCAGGAGAAGCCAGCAGCCUACAUCAAGAAGCCCAGGAAGGCAGAAGUUAAUUUCUGUCCAAACAUUCCCAGAGGUGAAACAAGAGAGAGAAUGGAGGCAGAUAGGGUAGCUCUACUGUCAGAGGUAAAAAGGAUGAGGCUGCGAUCAGGAAGAUGAUGCAGUAUACCUUCUCGAUCAGGAGGCAGGAGGUUCUCCAGGAGCCAGCCAUUCCAGACUUCCAAAACAGAUGGCCAGCACUCUUUGAUGUCAGUGAGAUCAACUUGGAGUUUAUGCGACUGACAACUGUACCUCUGACCUCCAAAUUCCUGGGAGAACUGGAUCGUCAGACCGACAACCUGAUCAAGGUUUUUAAUGCCAAAGGUGGAGCUACAGGAAGAAAGAUCACCACCAUAAUGGCCCAGAUGGAUAAU